GUUCUGUUCGUAUUUGCGUCAACGAUCAUGGAGUUUUUCCUGGAGAUGCUUCUCACGGCGGUUGUGGCUGUUCUGUUUUCUUUCCUUGUGGCUAAGCUCGUAUCUGCGUCUAUGGUUGGGAACAGCGGUGGAGAAGUAAACGAUCAGGUAGAGAAAACAGAGAUCGGUGUCGGUGAUCGUUUUGUUACGGUGGAGGAGGAGCUUUGUGUUGGUUUGAAAAUGGAUUCUCAGGUGGUUCAGAGCGAGAGGAGACUCCGAGUGGUUGGUGAUGAGAAUGUGGAACGUGUGGAUCGGCUUGGAAGCGAAGUUGAUAGUGUUGUUGACGAAGUCGAGGAAGGGGCUAAAGGGGAAGACUAUGUGGUUUCAUUUGAUGAGUCCUUGGCUGCUGUCUCGCCAGGAAAUAUGGUAGCUGAGGAGACGAUAGUGCCUGGAGAAGAAAAAGUCAGUGCGGAGUUUGUUGUUCGGACCGUGGAAGAAGCUGAGUCCACUGCUUCUGUUUCGCUGGAAAACGUGAGAGGAGGGGAAAUUAUGAUUCGAGGACAAGAGGAGGGAAGCAAAGAAGAAAACGUAAUAAGUGGAGAAGUCUUAGUCGCAGAAUCUGAGGAGAUUAGUGUUCGGACCGUGGACGAAGCUAUGUCCACUGCUUCUGUCUCCCUGGAAAACGUAAGAGCAGAGGAGAUCAUGGUUCUAGGACAAGAGGUGAGAAGUGACGACGUAAUAGUUGGAGAAGUCUUAGUUGCAGAAGCUGAGGAGGUUAGUGUUGAAGAGAGUGAUACAGUGGAGGAGAGUGAGCAUAAGAUGGAGUUGAAUAUUCGAGAAGAAGGAGAGAAGGAAGAGAAAGAUGAGUUGAGCAUUGAAGAAGAAGAUGAUGAUUGGGAGGGAAUAGAGAGGAGUGAACUGGAGAAAGCCUUUGCGUCUGCUUCAAAUCUUUUGGAAGUAUCCGGGAAAGCAGAAGAGAUUGGCGACGAGGUAAAGAUGGAGUUGUACGGACUGCACAAGAUCGCCACUGAAGGAUCAUGCCGAGAGACACAGCCUAUGGCCAUCAUGGUCUCUGCUCGUGCCAAAUGGAAUGCCUGGCAAAAACUUGGAAACAUGAGUCAAGAGGAGGCAAUGGAGCAGUAUCUUGAACUUGUUUCAAAAGAGAUUCCGGGUUUGAUUAAUACUGUAGGGAAGAUACCAGUCUUAACUCCUAAUUCAGGAUCAUUAGAUGAUCAGACCACCUUAGACACAACUGGUGUUGCAUUCACCAAAAAUGUUUCAGCUGAAAGGUGAAUCCAUUGUUUAAGCAGGCAAGGAUUGAAGAAGGAUCUUUGGGAAUACAAAGUCAAAUCUAUUCUUGUGCAUAAAAAUAAAAUGUUUCUCAAAGAUAAUAAUAAAUGCUGUAAAUAGACCCAUUUGAUGCAACUUAUUAGUGUUCUACAUAACUCGUUAUCCUCACGCAAUCGUUUAGUGUUCUCCAUCUUGGAGGAGUUGCA